AUGGGAUACAUUGCGCGAACAAAUGACCUCCCCGAUAUUGCUCGUAAGGGUGGUCUCGUCGACCCACGAGCUGAGGACCAGCCUCUCUUCUUCGAGCGCAUGUCCUGUCGGGAUGUCAACGAGUUCGUUUCCAACCCGGCCAAUGCCUCUCCCUUGAGAUCUGGAAUUCAAGGUGUUGCCACUAAGCCCACCAGCUUGGGCAUGCGGUUGCGCGAGCCUGCCAUUCAGAGCCAGGCCAAGAUCGACGAGUUCCGCGCGCGCUCCGAGGAGAUCAAACAGCGUAUGCCAGUCAGGAACCUCAAGCAGCCCAUUUCUGACCUGGUACCGGGCCUGGUUGUCAGCGGUGGUCUCAGUCGCUCGCCUGCUUUCGAUUGUCUUCCUGUCUUCUCCCACUGGGCUGACCGCACGGGCGAGCUCUCAGCUACUGACCCUGCUGCUACCGUCCGGCUUACCUCUACCUGGGGUACAGCCCAUGUCGCGGCAGAGGGAGUGAACAUGGAUUCCCCUCGAGGAGCUCACGCCUGGUCACUCAAAUCACACGGUAUUGGUCCUGCCAAACCCGGAGCAAGCAAGUUCUCUCAGCAGUAUGACGCUGAAACCGACACCCUCACGACAACCGUUAACGUGGCACGCCGCCAGGAUACGCCUCGAACGGACGGUGUUCUGGCUGCUGUCUCCAGUGUCUCAUGGAUGCGCAACGCACGUGUUGCAGAUGCCGUUGAUUGUGCCGCCGGUUUGCUCGCAGACGCCUCGACUCUUUUGGAGGCCCGCGACAGAAUGAUCGCGACCGGCGCUCCUGAGCGUGUCGUGUUUGCCGAGGUGCGUCCAGUCGACAUGCCCAGUUGGUGCUCUGCCCGCAAGCCUCUCGCACCCAAGCUGAGUGGUGUGGCUGUCGCAUCCGAUCCAACCGCAGUCAACCUGUUUGCCGGGGAGGACUGCCAGGGCCCCAUCCUCAACACCAGUGUGUUUGCCAUGACAAGUGGAUACAACCGUGGUGUCUACGGCGGUUCCAUCUCUGGUUUAUGGUCAACCAUGGACGCAUCUUUUGUCAUGGAUUACUCCAUUGGUGUCCACAGCGCUGCCAUGGCAGACAAACUCACUAUUGCUUUUGCUGAUGCAGCUGCUGCUGCUGAAAAGUCCGCCUAUGCUGGCCCGCACAUUACCGACAUCAGCCUCGUUAAGGGCUGCAAUUACUCCUGUCUGCGCCAGAAGACCGUCAUUGAGGACUCCCAUCCAAUUCCUUCUCGUCCUACCAUCGUUGUGUGGGACGAUCUUGCCCGCCUGGCCCGGUACAAGUUGGCUGACGCAGUUUUCUGUCACGUCUACUAUGAUGAAGGUGGUAGCGAGCACAUGGCCGCCAUCGCCGGUCUGGGUUGUGUCGCACACGACUGGAUCGAUCUCGGAGCCGAUGUAGCAUGCGGUGAAGUCAGCAACAUCAUCCCUUCGCUGACACGAGGAUCCCUGGAGGAAGCCCCCUUGGCCGAGGUUUACGCCCGCAUAACAGGCGCUAUGAUCUGGUACCGGGAGAACGACCCCUACAACCCAGCAGCCAAUUGCCUUCUCUUCACCCACUGGUGGCAACUCUCCAACUGCCGCCACCGCCCUGUCACUCUCCUCGGUCGCACUGAUCUCCCUGUCGAUGCAGGCGUCGUUCCGAUUGUCCCUGACGAGCGACCUCCCCUGGAGCACUUCCGGGCAAAUGGCACCAAGAUCGAGCGUGGUGAGCGUGCCAUUGCCAGCGCCGAGGCCCGUCUUGAGGCCCUCAUUGCCUCUAAGCCCUUGCCGGAGACUCGUGCUGUCAUUGACCUUCUCGUCAAGCCUGUUCUCGCCUACGUCAGGGGCGGUGAUACCUUACCCUCCGAGAAUGAAUAUGUCGGAGCUACCCUCGCUGCCCAGGUGGCUUACCCCCAGGAUCAGAAGAUCCUCGAGAUGUGGGAUCUGGCUAUCGUUAUGUGGGAGUCCGGUGCGCUGUGGGCGUCGGGAGUGGCUGGUCUCUGCUAUACUCAUGCUGGACUGUCCAACUGCGAUAGGGCUCGCAAGGACUUGUCAGACACUACUUGGAGUUAA